CUAGGCAUGCAGACUGCUUCUACAAACAUUUGUAAAAGAAUGAGUCUUUCUCAGGAGCUCAGUGAAUGCAAGCAUGGUACUGUGAUAGGCUGCCAUGUGUGCAAUAAGUCCAUCCGUGAAAUUUCCUUGCUACUAAAUAUUCAACUAAAUAGGCAACUGGGAAUAACAGCAACUUAGCCAUGAAGUGGUAGGCCAUGUAAAAUGACAGAACGGGGUCAGCACCGCCACUGGACUCUAGAGCAGUGGAGAUGUGUUCUCUGGAGUGAUGAGUCACGCUUCUCUGUCUGGAAAUCCAAUGGACGUGUCUGGGUUUGGCAGUUGCCAGGAGAAUGGUACUUGCCUGACUGCACUGUGCCAAGUGAAA